CUAGCUCAGUAAUUCAGUCAGUUAAGUUUCAACUUUUCGACUGUAAGGUUCUCUUGGGAAUUGAUUUUAUUUUCAUCCUGUCUCCGCCAACUUAUCCGAUCUGGCUUUCCUACGUAAAUUCUCGGCAUUUGCGAAGAUGUCGUUGCCGCGUGUUUAUUUCGACAUAGCCGCCGGAGAUGAGAAAGUCGGACGGAUUGUGAUGGAGCUACGGUCGGAUGUGGUGCCCAAAACGGCCGAGAAUUUCCGGGCCCUGUGCACCGGAGAAAAGGGUUACGGCUACAAGGGCUCUCCCUUCCACCGGGUGAUCCCGAAUUUCAUGUGCCAGGGUGGCGACUUUACCAACCAGAAUGGAACCGGAGGGCGCUCCAUCUAUGGCAACAAGUUCCCCGACGAGAACUUCGAGCUGAAGCACUCGGGACCUGGAGUUCUUUCGAUGGCCAAUGCCGGGGCCAACACCAAUGGAUCGCAGUUCUUCAUUUGCACCGAGAAAACCACCUGGUUGGAUAACAAGCACGUCGUCUUUGGCAAGGUCGUUGAGGGAAUGGAUAUCGUCCAGAAGGUGGAAUCGUAUGGGUCGAACAAUGGAAAAACCAGCAAGAAAAUCAUCAUCGAAGACUGUGGUGCCCUUUAAAGGGCCAUUACCAUUUGUUUCCUAAACACAACCACACUUGUGCUACACAAUCGAAUUAUCUGAUGCGAAGUUCAAGUUAGCGUUACUAAAAUAAAUGGGAGCAUAACGCAUUUAAAA